AUGAUUUGCGAAAUAUGCAACAAAAGUGAAAGCAAAUAUAAAUGCCCCACUUGCAAAAGAGCCUAUUGCUCUUUGGCAUGUUACAAGUCGGAAGCCCACAAACAUGAAGAAUCAAAGGUGGCAGAGCCAGCAUCGAAAGAGUUGCCAACUCCAGCUGCAGAUACAUCUUUUGAAUCAAUGACAAAAUUUGACAAGUUUCUUCAAGAUGAAGAGAUUAAGUACCUACUAAGGCAACCAGCCUUACAAUUCCAUCUUUUGUCAGUUCUCACAAUACUAGAAGAUGGGUUUAUCAGUAACCUAAACCAAGAGCAAAAAUUGGAAGUGAUGAAUCUCAAAUUGAAUGAUUUACGAAAAGGUGGCGUGGAACAAAAUGAGUUAGUGGAAGAGUUUGUGCAGAGAGUCUUGGAGCUAGACGAAAUCAAUUGA